UUUAGUAUAUAAGGCUCAUCGGAGGUCAUCACUCUACUAAACAAAGUUUUUUAAAAAUGGCGAUCUUGCUCUGUUUCUUCUUGGUUUUGCUUUUUACUCUCGUAUCAUCAAACUUUCUUAAAAAGAUUACAAACUCAAAGUUUAAUCUUCCUCCAAGCCCUUCAAGUCUUCCAGUCAUUGGAAACUUACACCAUCUUGCAGGAUUGCCUCACAGAUGUUUUCAUAACCUCUCUAAGAAAUAUGGACCAGUGAUGCUUCUCCGUCUCGGGUCGGUUCCGGUGGUUGUUAUCUCAUCGAGUGAAGCAGCUGAAGCAGUUCUCAAAGCUCAUGACUUGGAAUGUUGCAGCCGACCAAAGACGUUAGGGACAGGAAAAUUCUCUUACGGUUUCAAAGACAUCGCUCUUUCUCAAUACGGUGAGUAUUGGCGGAAAAUGCGGAAACUCGCAGUGAUAGAGCUUUUUAGCCUCAAAAGGGUUCAAUCGUUUAGGUAUAUCAGAGAGGAAGAGGUUGGACUUGUGGUGAAGAAAGUGUCUGAAUCUGCUUUGAGACAAUCUCCUGUAGAUUUAAGCAAAACCUUUUUCUCACUCACCGCAAGCAUCAUUUGUAGAGUAGCUUUAGGACAGAACUUCAACGAGGAUGGCUUUGUUAUCAAUCAAGAAAGGAUCCAAGAACUUAUUACCGAAGCAACAGAAGCUAUAGGGACUUUCACUUUCUAUGACUUCUUCCCUGGUGCACUUGGAAGAUUCCUAGAUUGGUUGUUUCAACGUCACAAGAAGAUCAACAAAGUCUUUGAAGAGCUUGAUGCUUUUUACCAACAUGUGAUUGAUGACCACUUGACACUAGAAGGAAGGAAAGACCCGGAUAUUGUUUCCUUGAUGUUGGAUAUGAUCGAUAAACAAGGAAACGAAGAUUCUUUCAAACUCAAUAUUGAUAAUGUCAAGGCUAUCCUCAUGGAUCUAUUUCUCGCGGGGGUAGAUACUAGUGCUGUAACAAUGAUUUGGGCGAUGUCUGAACUUGUUAGAAACCCUAGAGCACUGAAGAAAGCUCAGGAAAAGAUUCGAACCACCCUUGGGGAGAAAAAGGAAAUAAUCACUGAAGAUGAUCUAGGCAAAGUUGAUUACUUGACGCUCAUAAUCAAGGAAACAUUCAGACUACAUCCAGCACUUCCAUUUAUACUCCCACGAGAAACAAUGUCUCACGUCAAGAUCCAAGGCUACGAUAUUCCCCCGAAAACGCAAAUUCAAAUUAACGUAUGGACAAUCGGACGUGACCCCAAGCGUUGGACCGACCCUAAAGAGUUCAUCCCUGAACGGUUUACUGAUAGUUCGGUAGAUUUCAGAGGACAACAUUUUGAGUUGUUACCGUUUGGGUCUGGUCGGAGGAUGUGUCCCGCGAUGCCAAUGGGUGUUGCUACCGUGGAGCUAGGAUUGAUGAAUUUGCUUUACUUUUUUGAUUGGGAAUUGCCUGAUGGAAUUAACUUUGGAGACAUUGAUAUGGAAGAAACUGGUAAUAUCUCCAUUGUCAAAAAAGUACCUCUUCAACUUGUGCCCCUUCAACGUUAUUGAUAUGGAGACCAAAAAACCAUGGAAAGUCCACGAGCAUGAAACGUAUGAUUUUCUGGUAUUGUUGAGUUAUGUAAGAAUUGAUAUUUGAACAAAAAUAUAUAUCAGUGUUAUGAACUAUUAGGUAGAUGUCCAUAUAGGUUUACAAGUCCGUUCUUAAACCCUAAUGUUGUAUCACUAUAUAUAUGUGUACUACCUAUGGAAUAAUAAGAACAACCAAUUUUCUCUCUCUUGUUUCACAACACAUUAUCAACACAAAACUCUAAACCUAGCAGUAAAAAAAAAAAAAAAAAAUCUUCAUAGCUUAACGACGUCAUCUUCGUUUUGAUCUUAGAGGUCGUCUUCGUAUCCCUCCUUGAGGCCUUCCAUUGAUGUUGCUACCACCACGUAUCAAGAUUAGGAUUACUCUCUAUACUUUUAUGUCAUACUUAAUCGAUCAUGCUUUAACCAAUUAUUUAGAUCUGAUUAUUAUGUUAUUAUUAUUUCCUUAAAUUGCAACGAGUAGCUUGUUUCAAUAUUCAAUUAUUCAAAAAAAAAAACAAUAUUCAAUUAUUCUUAUUAGAUGACUUGCAACCCAAGCUUUACAAUAAAUGAUCUGUUUUUGUUUUUAACUUCUUACUUGUUUAUUAAUUUGAUAAAGAGAAUUAAGAUCUAUACUAAUUACUUGGAACUGAAUCAUGCGUUAGAGAGAAAAAAAUAUGUUUGAUUGAACUAUCGCUGUUACAUGAUUUUUCUUUCUUUGAUUGAUCUAAUUAAAUUAACAGUGACCAAUAAUUUGAUAUUGCUUGGUUUAGUUGGUUUUGGUAUGAACUAUUUUAUUUUACGAAAACAUACGUUGUAACUUGUAAGUUCAUGCAUUAUGCCUUAUUGCCAAUCUGUUUAUAAUUUAUAGUAUAUAUAGAUAUGAGACGAUUACAUAUUUCAUUGUUUAUGUCUAUAUCAUCUUAGUGUAACUGUUUACAUAAUUAAAUUCAGUGCACAUAUCAAAAUAUAUCGUUCAAUUAGUCAUAUAUUUUUUGCGAAAUUUAUACUGCCUGCAAGUUAGUUUUUGGUUUGACUUUGUCAUUAUUGCACGACCAUGUGAGAUACAUAUGUUUGACUGUAAGCUAUGUAUAAACUAAAAAAUGUUUGAUUUAUUAAAUGAUAAAUCAGAAAACUUAUAAUAAAUAAUUAAAAUUUCUCAAUUUUACAAUUAUAAUAGCUAGAUAUGGUAUAAGAGAGAAACAAAUAUUAGAUGAAUGAUCAAAUCUCUCAUUCUUUGAACAAAUUCAAAAUGAGUUAAAUGAAAUUUUGUCAUGACAUUUCAUUAAAAGCUUUUUAUUAAAAUAGAGAUUAGAUUAUUUAAUUUAAAUGAAAUAAUAUAUAUAUAGUGCUUACAAUAUUAUAAAUCACUUUGAUUUGAAAAAGUGUAUUUCUGGGAUUGUCAUGAUCAAAUAACAUAUUAGAAACCACAUAUUUAGAAACCAUAUAAAGUAUAGGUAAGUAUAUAAAUUAGAGUAAGCACAUAAAUUAAAACAUUAUUUUUUUUUUAAUUUACAAUCAUCUUUUUUGGUAAAUAAAUCAAAAGAAUAAUUUUAUUUACUUUAUAUGAUAUAUAAUUAAACUUUAGUGAUAUUGACAUAUAUAUAUAUAUAUAUAGUAUAUUUUAAUAUAAAUAUAUAUUAUUGACACUUCCUAUUAUAUGAUUUUAGUAACAUUUGUAUAUUUUUUGUAA